AUGGUUAAAAUUGCCUUGUGCUUCUUUUUAUUAGCUAUUUUUGUUCCAAAUAUUUUAUCACAACAGUUUUCCGGUAACCAAGAACGUGGUAGAGAUGUAGAUUCUCGCCGUAAUCUCGGACAAGACGGAAGACAAGAUGAAUCUUCCGAAGAAGAAGGUCGACAGAAUGGUCAACUUCAAGGAGAAGAUCGACGACAGAAUGGUCAAUUCCAAGGAGAAGAUCGUCGACAGAAUGGUCAAUUCGCAGGUGAAGAUCGUCGACAGAAUGGUCAAUUCCAAGGAGAAGAUCGUCGAAACAAUGAUCAACUUGGAGGUGAAGAUCGUCGAAAUAAUGGUCCGUCUGAAGAAGUAGCUCGACGACAAAUUGAUGUCUUUUCAGGAGAAGAGCGACGCAAUAAUUUUCAAUCUACAAAUGAUCAACGCAAUAAUGUUCAAUCUACAAAUGAUCGACGAAACCAAGGUCUUUUUACAGGACAUGAUUCACGACAGAACGGUCAAUUUACAGGACAAGAUGCACGACAGAACGGUCAAUUUACAGGACAAGAUGCACGACGUAAUGAUCAGUUUUUAGGACAAGAUCGACGCAAUAAUUUUCAAUCUCAAGAUGCACGACGUAAUGAUCAGUUUACAGGACAAGAUUCACGACAGAACGGUCAAUUUUUAGGACAAGAGCGACGAAAUAAUUUUCAAUCUCCAAAUGAUCGGGGAAAUCAAGGUCAAUUUGCAACACAAGAUUCACGACGUAACGGUCAAUUUUUAGGACAAGAACGAGGAAAUCAAGGUCAAUUUACAGGACAAGGUGCACGACGUAAUGAUCAGUUUUUAGGACAAGAUCGAGGAAAUAAUGCUCAGGUUGGAGGAGGUAAUCGUCAAGGAACUAUUCAGACUGGAGGCAAUGAUCGAUUAAGUAAUGGACAGCUCAAUGGUGGUAACCGUCAAGUAAAUGGACAAGCUGGAAGAACUACUGGACAAAUCACAUCAGGUGGACAACUCAAUGGUGGUAAUCGUCAAGUAAAUGGACAAGCUGGAAGAACUACUGGACAAAUGACAUCAGGCGGACAACUCAAUGGUGGUAAUCGUCAAGUAAAUGGACAAGCUGGAAGAGGUACUAUCCAAAUGAUAUGA